CUCGGCUACCGUAGUACCGGAGACCGACCCCACCAGCGGCCACCAUAGUCGUGAAGACACUGCCGUUACCAACAGCCACUCGGUUACCUGAACGCGGAACACGACCAGCGGCCACCGUAGUUCCGACACGCGGACCAUAACAGCCGUCACUCGGCUACCGUAGUACCGGAGAACCGACGCUACCACCAGCGGCCACUCGGCUCCCGUAGUACCGGAGACGCAGAACACUACCAGCGGCCACUCGGCUACCCAUACAGCGGCGUGUGUUGAUAUUUGAGGCGGCUCUCGAAGCUCGAGUAGUGGCGGGAACAUGUCGGCAAUACAGCGGAUGAAAGUAGCGAACGAGCGGCAUAGCAAGACCAUCACACAACGGGGACACGUCCAAAAAACAGCACGUCCGGUGACUGAUGAGAAGUCACCGGUUGGUCCCUGGCUGCUGGCCCUCUUCGUCUUUGUGGUCUGUGGAUCAGCCAUCUUCCAGAUCAUCCAGAGUAUCAGGCAGGGCUUGUGAUGACCUCGACCCAGGGUGCAUCUUUCCCUGUGUACCCAUGGAGCAUCUCUCGCUGGUACCCAGGGUGCAUCUCUCCUCUACCCAGGGUGCAUCUCUCCUGGGUACCUGCCAAGCCACAUCCCCUAGUCCUCCCCUAGGACUCAGCAAAGCACAGCAACACAAACCCACUCUACAUUUGCUUCUCUGUCUUUCUUUAUACCUGUCGGCCUCUAUACCUGUCUGUCUCUAUACCUGUCUGUCUCUAUGCUUCUCUGUCUGGCCAGGGGAGAGUUGUAAAGGGCGGUCAAGUCUGUUGAGUUUAUUCUUCAUCAAACCAGUUAAAUUUGGUCCCAACAACUUGUACUAACCAGAUAGAAAUACCAUAUGUUAUUCUAAAAUCCUAUCCCUCCUAUUCUCAUCUCUAUUGCCUCUUCUCUUCCUCCCCCUUGCCUAUUCUCCUCUCUUCCCCUCUACCCCCAACCAGCCAAUUCUGCUCUCUCUUCCCGGCUCUCUCCCUCACCCCAUCCUUUUCUCCUCUCUUCCUCUCGAUCUCCCUCCCCCCAUGUGAAUAAGAAGAUGUGUGUAUUUAAGCUAUUCCCCCUAGCCUAUGUGAAGAAAGAGGUGUGUAUUUAAGCUGUGAUCAACAUAUUUGAUACUAGUUGUGUCUGCAUUGACAUAGAGACAGCGUUCCUGUUGGUUGACACAGGCAAUACAGAUGACCUUUACUGGGCACUGCAGGCGUUUUAUACAAAUAAACCGAUAUUUUGUCUAAAAUA